GUUCGCAGCUUCUGCCGUGCCAUGAAUUCUAAUCUCUCGCUGGCGUAGCUACAAUCACGAUUUUGUCGCUUCUUAAUAUUCGGGUGGCGAGUCGCGAAUUAAAAAUUGUCGUCCCCUCUCUGUGAACAAUCCAGCAGACAAAAUGCCAAAGACCAACGUUUUUUCAGGUGUCAAUCUCGAGGAGAUCUCAAACAGCUGCACAGGAAAGAUGCAAAGCCCUAAAGCGCGCCAUGUGCUGUGCUUGCUGCUGUUUUUCGGCUACUUCAUGGCUUUCAUGCUGAGGAUCAACCUGAACGUGGCCAUCGUGAUUAUGGUGAAGCCCUCGAACGGUUCGUCAGCGGAUCAGAGUCACGCUAGCUCCGCGGUUUGCGGCCCACAAGCACCACCGAUCCCAACCUUCCCGCCGUUUGUCGGGCCGUCCACCACACCCGUGCCGCUGCUGGACGACGAGGAAAAUAACAACACCAGCUACGAUGACGCGGUGUCCCCAUCUCCUCUCCUGUCUGACGAAAUGGGCGAGUUCGAGUGGGACGAACUGACUCAGGGCCUCAUCCUUGGAGCCUUUUUCUGGGGCUACCUGAUUUCGCAAGUGCCCGGCGGGCGUAUCGCCGAAGUGUACGGCCCAAAAAUGGUCUUCUUCGUGUCCAUCGUGACCAACGGGGUGCUGUGCUUCUUCCUGCCGCUCGCCACCAGACUGCAUUGGAGCUGCCUGCUCGUAAUUCGAUCUCUACAAGGCUUGUUCCAGGGUGCUCUAGUCCCUUGCCUCAGCGCCGCGGCGGCAACCUGGUGUCCUUUGGAGGAGAGAGACCGCUUCAUUUCGUUCGCGGUUCAAGGGGCCAUAAUCGGCUCAGUGGUGAGUCUGCCACUGUGCGGCUUCAUCGGCACUCACCUUGGCUGGGACGCGAUUUUCUACAUCUCAAGCCUGAUCUCGGUGUUCUGGUGCGUCGCCUGGUGGGUGCUCGCCGCCGACACGCCCGCCUCCCAUCCCACCAUCACUCAAGAAGAGCUCGACUUCUUAAAAGAGAACAUUCCACAGAAACCAAAAGAGACUGCGAAAGUGCCUUGGUUGAAAGCUCUCACGUCAGUCCAGUUCAUUGUUGGCUGCAUAGCGUGCAUUGGAAACGACUACGGCUUCCACACGCUCCUCACGUACGCGCCAAAAUACAUGAAAAGCGCGCUCGGCUUUGAUUUGCAGCAGAAUACGCUUCUGGCCAGCGUGCCAUUCUUGAGUCAGUACAUUUUCGCCAUGAUUUACGGCACCGUCAUGGACCACCUACUAAAGAAAGGAUACCAGUUGAUGGUGGUCCGCAAGAUUUCAGUCGGAUUUUCCCACCUGCUGCCCGCCGUCGGCUUGCUCUGCUUGUCUUUUUCCGGCUGCAACGUCUCGCUCUCGGUCGGCGUGCUCACCUUCUCCGUCGCAAUGGUCGGCGCUUUCUCGUGCGGAUUUUUCCAGAAUCCUCUCGACAUCGCCCCCAAUUUCGCAGGCAGCUUGACUGGCGUGAUGAACAUGCUGGGUUCAAUGACUGGAAUCAUCGCUUCGCCUGUGGCGGGAUUCGCCCUGCAAAACUACGGUCCUCUGGGUGGUUGGCAGGCGAUCUUUCUGAUUUCGGCCACCAUCUACGCGCUGUCGUCGGUGCCGUACCUGCUGGUGGCCACCGGACAAGUGCAGCCGUGGAACGACGAGAGCAAAAAAGACGACACCUCCAGCAAUGGCGAAAUCGUGCCCAUGAAUGACGUCAGCCACAUUGCCUGAUAAAUUCGUCGCUGCCGCAAUUUCGCCGAUUUAUCGCCUCUCUUUCUCAUAUACAAACAAACACGGCCGCGCGCGUGUAUCAAACUCUCGUUUCGCGCGCGCGAUAAAUUAUUUGAUUUUUAUUGAUCUUGUGAACUGAACCACAACUGCUAUUAUUUAUCGCAUGCACUCGCUCUGCGAGUGUAUUUUUCAUCCGAAUAAAACCAUGUUGUCAGUGAAA